AUGGCGUCGAGCCUCCAGACCCGGGUCGCCCAAAGACCGCAUGCUCGCCAAGCUACGACGACCGCGCCCGUCCACGAAUUUAUCUGCCUCUUCACUCACGACUUGAAGCGAAAGAACCAGAAAAGAUGGCAAGAUGGGAAGCUCAAAUUCCACACCUACAACAAGCGGAUAGUUGUGCAUGACAACAAGGGAAACCAUAUUGGUGACAGCCAUUGGCCAGGAAACCAGGAAGACAUGGUCGAUGGCGAAGAGUUUACGCUGGACCGAGGAUCUGCUCUCGUGCAAGUAUGUGAGCAAGUCGGGACGACUGAGCAUGAUCUGGGCGAACUGGUUGACAAGAGGGUCAAGGAAGUCGAGGCCCGGAGAAUGAGGAUAGCAGCCCACCCUUCGAGCGCGAGCCGCCCCGACCAAACGCCCCGACCGACCGACAACAUACAAUUUCAGCGCCCGCUAAGUGCGAUUAUGCACACCCCCAAUCGGAUUGGGAGGUCUGUCUUGCCACGACAAUCGCCCUACGAAGUUCGUCAAUCCGAGCAGCAGGAACAAGGACAAGGUGCGACGGAAAGACCUGCGAAGAGACGAAAGCGAAGCGUGUCGCCCCCGGCGAAGAGUGGCCAUGCGCGGGGAUUGUUUGGUGGGCAACUUUGCUUUUCGAAUCCGUCGGCUAGUACGUCGGCAGCACGGAUCCGGGCCCUGCGGGAUCAAGCGACAAUCAGGCGUGAGCAACAGAAGGAGCGGUUGGUCUCAUCAGUCGAGAAGCAACCCUCACCCGAGAAUAUUGUGCAAGAAGACCAUCAGGAGGAUGAAGAGGAGCUUGGUCAGGUUUCCGCGGACACGUCAGAUGCUCAUGUGAGGAAGCUUGGUAGUCCAGAGUCUGAACGGGCUACCGCCACCAAACAAGCCCGUUUACGGUUGAAGUCGCUCGAUAUCAAAGCCAAACGAAAGGUCGAGAAUACAGACGCAACAUGGGGGGUUCCUCAUAUGGCCACCAAUGUUAUUCCUUGGGACCCAGAACCAUGUCAAGAAAGUAUGCCUCCACGAAAGAAGCCUCGCCCAAUUGAAGCGACUGAGCCAUCCGAAACCGAAGAAAAAGAGCCUCCCAAAACAUCAGUUCUACAAAAUCGUGCUCCAAAUAGAUUGGGCCCGACCGGACUUUCCAGGGCCACUCCUUCGCUUCAUUCGAUUACGAAAAGAGUCGAAGAACAAGAGGACGAAGUCGUUUGCCUUGAAGCAAGACCGAAAGCUACAAAACCGACCAAAUCGGCGACUAAAUCGACAAAGAAAAUACAACCAACUGUCAAACCCGGCGAUGAAGCACCCAAACCCGACCAACUCAAGACCAGAAAACGCUCGCCAACCGUCGAAACCCAGAAUUUCCCGAUAGCUGUGGAUGACGAGUCCGAACCCAUACCCGACAAACCUCAACCACGCACCGCACUACGGAUUAAACCAAAGAGGAAAAGGGGCUUGAUGAUGUUGGCAGAAAAGAAGAUAGUUGCCAAACCGGUUGAGCGCUCCCCAAGCCCGCCACCGCCUAAGGACACAAAAGAUCUACCAACCGAAGAUAGCUUUGAGCAGUGGCUUGGCGAAGAACUUCCUUUGGAUGACAGUGAAAGCAAUUUUGCCACGGAAUAUGGCAAUGAGUGCACUGAAAUUGAGAAGCCUCUGGAAGGAAAGGAGACGGACGGUACCCAGAAGUCCCCCCGAGUUGACACGGCGGUCAGCUCAGAGCAGGAGGGAAAACAAUCUACACCGGAGCCUGACCGUGCCGAAGAAACCGCAAACAUCCCAACAACAGAAGAUGUAAUCCAGCCUGCAGAAGUCGAUGACCAAGAUUCAGAACACGCAAUCGCACACGCGGAGGAGGAGGAGCCAAACCCCCAAAUAGACGCAACGAGCGAUCCUGGCCCGGAAACAGCCAGCCACGCUGCCCAAGUUGAGCACCAGGAAGCUCAAGAUUCCGCACACUGUUCUUCGGGCGAGAGCGAUGCGCCACAGCCACGACGGGUGAGAAGAGAGAAACAACCACGAGCAGAAAGGGUGCCAACAGAAAGCCCUCCAAAGGAAAGCCCGCCAAAAGAAAUGCCACAGAGUAGCCCAGAGUGGAACAAUGACGAUUCAGAAGAGAGCAACGCGCCACAGCUACGACGGACGAGAAAAGAGAAAAAGCCACGAGCUAAAAGGACGCCAAAAGAAAGCCCACAAAUGCCACAGAGUAGCCCAGAGCGGAACAAUGACGAUUCAGAAGAGAGCGACGAUUGGCAGGGGCCAGCUCCAACAACCAAGCAACAGGUUCGCACCAGGGCGGCUCCGGCGAGAAGUAAGAAGCAAAACCAGGCAAAGUCCACAGGUCCUCAAAUAACGAGAAUGUCGCGUAAGAGCAUCAAAAGCAAGGAAAUAAUCGGCUUCAAACUACCAAGCGAGAACAAGUCAAUUCCAAGCGCAUAUGUCUCUGCCGUUGGCCGUAUCGGUUUGCAGGAAGAUGUUCCCUCAGCCACCUUACAUCGGUCAUUGUCCUUAGAGGGUGAAUCCCCGCCCAUUGAGCAGCAACCCAUCAAAAGACAUGAACAGCCAAGGCUAGUACGUCAACAGAGCGAUCCGCAACCCAAAGGUCGACUAGUCAAUCCGGCCACCCGAGGAAAGAAAGCGGCCAGCAAAGCGGACGCAGCAGGCCAGAUACUUCAGACACUGGUGCCAUUCGAUCCCGUCACUCGUCCCAUAGAAGCCCCUAUGAUGGUGAGAGAGAGAAAGAAAGUAGCAGCACCUGAAGCUGCUCCGUCUCGUGAAAGCAGAGGGCCCGCGCAGACACUCCCAGGGCAGACACUCCCAGGAUUCAGCAAGGCUAAUGGGGGUGCUUGGAGCAGACACGCGGAAGACCUUCUUGGAAUGACACGGCCAAACACUAGCGGCCCAUCCCGGAUUUAA